GGGCUGCUGAGGUUCUCAGGAAAACAGGCUACGCCAUAUUGUCAGCUUCCGUUGUGAGCGCUAACGUGAUAUCCCUGCAAAAAUGACAAAAUAGCUGACUUUAUCGACUGUAGACGCUAAGAUGGCGCACACUGGGGCAAUGGAAGACGCACAAGUGGAUGAUAGCUCUACCCAGCAGGGGUCUGGUGUCUGCCUGCGAAGUCGACCAUGCUCCAGCGAGAGAGACGGUCAGGUACGAGCUGUCAAAGCUGCUCUUCAGUCCAGGUUGGGGCCCUACGAGCGCGUCCUGACCUACCUGCAGUGCGUCUUAGUGUGGGAAAGACCCUUACAAUGUCUGCUUCUCUACACUGUGGUCAACGUUGUGUUCUGGUUCUUCGCCCUGACCUCACUGCGCCUGCUGUUCCUGCUGGCUUCUGGUCUGGCUGUAGCUGUCUGUGUUGAUACCUGGAAAAAUAGGAUCUGGCCCGAGAUUCGAGUCAGAAACCAGGAUGAAUCAGAAAAUGAGAGCUGGGGUCUGGUGCAGCCCGGCAUCCUCAGUGUGCCUGAACUGUGCCAUCACAUCGCUGAGGCCUGGGUCAGCGCAGCAGUUCUCGCAUCCAGUGUGGUGCAGUACAAACGACAAAACCCUGGCAAGUUCUGCCUCUUGACCUGUGGAGUGUUCACCUGCCUGGCUAUGGUUGGACGCUACAUUCCUGGAUUGGUGCUCUCCUACUCUGCCGUGUGGGCUACUCUCCUGGCUCCUCUGGGAGCUUAUCACAGGGUUUUUCAGCAUGUGUGCGUGAAGCUGGAGCCAGUCCUGCAGCGACUGGACUUCAGUGCUUAUGGAUACAUGAUGUCAAAGCCUAUUGAUAAUCAGUUCCUGCGGAGGCCUAUUCGUGGUGCAGCCUCAGGUGAAGACAGUGAUAGUGAGGAGGAGUUGGCUGCUUUCUGCCCUACGUUUGAUGAUGCUAUUGUUGCGAAGGAACUUGCACUGACUGACUCAGAGCACUCUGAUGCUGAGGUGUCCUACACUGAAAAUGGAACAUUUAACCUAUCACGUGGCCAGACCCCGCUCACAGAGGGCUCUGAGGAUCUCGACAGACACAGUGACGCUGAGGAAUCCUUUGCUCAAGACCUCCCAGACUUCCCGUCUAUAAACCCUGAUGCAACUCUGAUGGAUGAUGACGAUGACACGAGCAUAGGUCUGCCCAGUCUGGGUGUGUCUGGGCUAACUAGUCACCGAGCUUCAGUGCUGGACGUCGAUGCUCAUCUGGACUCAGAUCAGGAGGAUCUGGAUGCAGAACUUUCUCUCAGCGGCCUGCCACCUGCUUCUGAUUUCGCCGGAGACUUGGCCGGAGUCAUUGCCAGCAACAUGAUCCAGGCAGCGCUGGCCGGGGCGCUGCAACCUCGGCCUCCUGCCACCCAGCGCAGAGAAGGCCCUCCCAGGGCCGGGGCCCACCGAAGCUACCGCAAGCAGUCCAGCUCCGAGCUGGACACAGACUUGGAUGGAGAGGACUUUGAAAUGCUGGAUCAGUCUGAACUGAACCAGAUGGAUCCCCUUGGAGGAGGAGGGGGGACUAGACGGGGAGAGAGCCAGGGGUCUACCUUCUUGUCUAGCCUGCUGGGUAAACCACAGUGAAGUGUGCGUGUGUGUGGGUGUGUGUCUGUGUGUGUGUGGGUGUGUGUGUGUUGAUGAAUGUGUGUGAUCGUGCGUGUGUCUGUACGCCUGUGUGCACAAGUGCAACUUCAUGGGCAGUGUUCAUGUUGAUGAGCUGUGAUAAUGAGAGAUGAUUUUAGGUUCCAGCAGCCCUGCAUCUGAUUGGCAUCAGUUUAUCACUGUGAAGAACUUAAUUGUGUCUAUCUUUUCAAACUAUUUUAAUUUUAAACCCUAAUCAUCCAAAAAAAACUUUUACUUUGUAGGCUGAGCAAUAGGUAAUGCAACAAAAAACAUAAAACACAUUCAGAUAUUAAACAAACCAGCAUUAUUGAGCCUUGUUGCAGUCUUCUAAGUACGUGCACCCAUAAGAUACAAGGGUACUUGUUAAUGACCAUAAAUAAGGAACAGUAGUACCCAUAAAAUCUUUUCUACCUGGAGGACGAGACAUACAGGGCUAUUUAACAUGGGACCAAAUAUGACAUUCCUGUUGGUUGAGCUGAGCCAUGUUACUUUGAUAAUUAUGGAACAGCAUUACAUGUUAAAGUUUUUUUAGUCAUUGGAAUAGUUGAGAUAAAUAAACCCCUCCAUUUGUUUCCAUCACAUUUUGUCAAAGAACCAUCAGUUUGUGUUGCUGUCGAUUUUAGCGCUCUGCUGUCCUUUUAAGUACCGUGGCUAUGAUCUUUUAGAAGCUGAUUUAUUUAGUGUUACAGGUUUACAGAUUUCAAUUUAGACUUUUUUUAAAAAAAUUUGUCAGCAGAUGUGGAUUUGGACAGCGACUCUCUUUCAGGAGAAAUAAUAUUUGGAUUAAAAUUUCAGUUCUUUUUAUGAUUUUCAUUAAAUUUUUCCUUUUUUUUGCUGUCUAACUAACAUAUGAAGACAUCUUCGAGCAUUUUUUGGAGCUUCUUUUCUUUCAAGGAUGUCACAUUACAGUCUUAAGUUAUCUGACCUGGAGGAACACUUGAUGUUAUGUUUGCUGUUCAUUGUAUUUUUGAACUUGCUCUAGGGGGAGGUCUGUUUCUUUUCUAGUGUGAGUAAGUUCAGAAUCAAUUCCAUUUUCCAGCCCUUUAAUACAGCUCAGUAACAUAUUGUGUCCAUGUUUAAUACCUUGAAUGAGCCCUCAGCUUUGUGUUUUCCAAAAGUGAUAUUCAAACAAAUUUCUUUGUAUCUUUUAUCAUCCUUGUAUUUCAUGUAGUUGAAUCAAGCUGAACUUUUUAAGAGAAAAAGCAAAUAUUCUUCAUAGAUCUUUUACUAUUUUAAUGGAGAAGAGUGUUUACAUCAAAAGUGGGUAUAGAAAGUUAUCCUUAUAUCCUUUUUUUCAAAGUGUUAGUAUGUUAAGGUUUCAAGUGGCUUUUGUGUGCUGGUCAGCCUGAUUUCCUUUUGAUGGACAAACCAUGUCAGUAUAUCAAAACUUAACUGUGGUAAUAGCACUUACAACUUCAAUGAGCCACAGAUUUAUUGAAAUGACAUAUAUAUCAAAAAGUUUAAAAAUGCUGGGUUUUUAAUAGAGGGAAACUCAGUGCUCUCUAGUUGUGUUAUUUUGAGAGGAAACUUGCAUCUGCAAAACAUUUAAAACAUAACUGCUGGAUCCACAUUCAUGAGGGUGAAGUAGAAAAAAAAUGUGCACUGAUAAGAAAUCGCUGGGAUUUUUAGGCUGAAAAAAGAGGAUAUGUUAAGUCUUACUUGUUUGACUUGGUUUGGCCACCUCGGUUAACCAGAAUGUUGCUCAUUGCUGCUCCAUGAAGAGUCAGUUCCUCAGUAUGAGUGAUCUGUAGUCAGUUUGAUAAUGUAAUGUGCAUAGUAGCGUAUUUUCUUCUCUGUAACUGGUUUUGAUAUGUUUUGAUGUGCAAAUCGUAUUGAAUAAAAUGUUUGCAAUUA